CCAAAGGUUUCCGAAAUCUAGACCCGCAUCGUAAAAACUUAGUGUUGCAGUAAUAAAAAGUUACAAGUUGUUUGCAAAGUGACUAGUAAUGAGGUUGUUGUUAAUUCUGUGUUGUAUAACGGUGACAUGGGGAGGUCCAUCCCCGCACGCAGAUUUGGUCCAAAAGUACGUUGAGUCGGAGUACGGGGGGAGGUUUUCGAACAAUAUCAUCGCGGAUGCUUUGACAGAUGUGCCCGGCCUGAUCUCUCGCUACAACUACCCGGUGGAGGUCCACACAGUAACCACCCCCGACGGCUACGUGCUGCAGAUGCACCGGAUCCCGCACGGCAGAGACAGGAACAACCGGCCCGGGAACAAGACCGCAGUCUUCCUGCAACAUGGCAUGCUGUCGUCGUCGGCGGAUUAUGUUAUUGUGGGACCGGAGAAUUCUUUGGCGUAUCGGCUAGCCGAAGAAGGCUACGACGUCUGGAUGGGAAACGCCCGAGGCAACUACUACUCCAGAAAACACACACAUCUGGACCCUGACGACAGAUCCAACCUGGACUUCUGGCGGUUCUCCUGGGAAGAAAUAGGAUCCAUCGACAUGCCCACCUGUAUCGACUAUAUCUUGGACCUGAAGGGACAUAAGAAGCUACAUUUCGUUGGCUUCUCCCAAGGCGGGACUGUGUUUCUAGUUAUGGGUGCGUUGAGGCCUGAGUACAGUGACAAAAUCAUAUCGUUCCAAGGUCUUGCGCCGGCGUCGUAUUUUGUAAACAAUGAAUAUGGAUUCAUUCAGGCGAUCGCACCGUAUGAGAAAGUUCUCAUGGUGCUAGCAGCAGACGCGGGCAUCGGCGAGUUCCUCGGCCGCAGCAACAUCUUCACCGCACUCGGGAUCGCGGCGUGCAGCGACCAGUCCUUCCUGCAGCCGCUGUGCCUCGCCGUGCCCAUCCUGGGGAACAGCUUCCAGAGACUCAAUGCGACAAUGCUACCAGCCUACAUAGGCCACGCGCCGGCCGGCAUGUCCAUCCGCCAACUGGCCCACUACGGGCAGAGCAUCAACAACAAAUCCUUCCGGAGAUACGACCUCGGCCUAGCCGGAAACAUGCAGAACUAUGGCCAGUUCUACCCACCAGAAUACGACCUUAGCGGUAUCACCUGCCCGUCUUACAUACAUUAUUCCUACCGUGAUAAAUUGGUGAACUAUCGGGAUGUAGAACUGAUGAGUACGAAGCUUGGGGGACCGGUUACGAUGUAUCCUGUUGAGGACAGGUUGUUCACACAUUUGGACUUCUGCUGGGGCGUGGACCAGGUGAAAAUGUACCAUGGAAAUGUACUUGAAGGCAUGCGAUUGGCUGAGAAUUUAUAGCGUCGUGAUGCGUAGAUUAAAUAUUGUACAUAAAAGUAUACAUUGAUUAAAACGUAAUUUAUUGUUUAGGUAAUCAACGAAUUAGUGCAUAGAUUAUAAGAGCUUAUCUUGAAUGUAAUUAUAAUAUAUAGUAUCAAGAUAACUGUUAUUAAUGUUUUAAUUAAAUGAUAAGUGAUC